UACAUUCGUGAGUUCAUGAACCGCUUCCCGCAUAUAAAGGGAGUUGUCCGCGGUCAUGAACAUGUCAAUUCUGGGUAUAAACUGAACGCUGAUCGAACUAUGUGUACUCUAUUUACUGCGCCUAGAUAUGAUAGAAGGACUGACAGUGGUUGUGUGAUGAAAGUAAAUUUCGUCGGAUCUUAAGGUUAGCUUCAUCAGAUUGACACCACCUGAUCCGCCAAAUUCAUCUGCGUUG